UAUUCACAUUGAAGAGAAUUUAAGACUUAUAAAAGAGAUAUGUAAUAAAAAUUUGGACAAAGAUCAUUUUAGUAAUUAUAGUCGGGAGGAUAAUGAUCGGAAUGAAGAAAAGAAUAUUUAUAAUGAUGAACAAGAGGAAGAAUGUGAAGAAAUUAGUAGUAAAAUGUUUGUAUUUAUUCCAACAUAUAAUACACCUCG